AUGCCUCCAGAUAGUGAUACUAUCGUAGUAAAUACCCAAGAAAAUAGACGGGAGAGCCUAGGGUCAGAGGCUCAAAUUGAUAGAGAAAUGGAGAUAGAAUCUACUCCAGCCACCCCUACCCAAAACCAAGCAACACCUAGCGUAUUGGAGAUACCAAUACUACUACCAAAUAAACGAUAUGCCAACUUCUCGCCAGAGAAUACCUAUAGAGGCAGAAACCCAUACCAAAACACCUCUAGCCCAAAAUCAGUAGCCAAGAACUCUGAGCAGGCAAUCUAUUGGGCUAGAGACCUCAUUUUCCAAGCCUCUACAAUGGAAGAGUCCCACGUAGCUCAAAAUAAGCUACUAGAGCUUCUAGACGUAUUUAGAGACUAUACUGAAACGGGCAGAGUAGCAAACCAAAUUACAGAAAAGCUAUCUGCCAAGCCAGCUUACCACUCAGCGACGCUCGCAAACGCCUCCCAGCAAGCAACAAAGAUGCUUAAACAAGCUAAGAUUGCAGCUUCAAACAAGGCACAACCAAUAGCUACGCAACCCACCCAAAAACUAGCCCAAACCUCGUACGCUGCAAUAGCAGCAAAUAACGCAAACCAAGCCUGGACAACAGUCCAGCCAAGGAAAAAACCAACAAAACCAAUAAAACCAGCGUCCUACUAUCAGACGCUAGUUACGUUAGAAGAGGGCCAAACAACCAGCCCCCUACUUGUUAGAAACAAGAUCAACCAAGCCUUCCAGAAGGCUGGAAUCGCUGGCCCAGUUAUCCAGCAAGUAGCCACUAGUAGAAGAAACAACCUUAUCCUCACAACCACCGAAGGAUACUCAGGAGAAUCCCUACUAAAGCAAAUUAAUACUUGGCAAAACCAGCUGCCAAUCAAGAAAGCCCAGCCGCUAGAGUCCUGGACGCAACUAGUUGUACACGGAGUACCAACAACCUUCGACGGGGCUGAAAACCUUCAGCUACUCCACACAGAAAUCCCAACGUACAAUAAGAACCAAACGAUCGUUGGGAACCCCUACUGGCUAUCAAGAAACCGGAAAGACAAGCAAACAAGCUCUAUUGUUAUUGCUUGUAAAUCAGAAGAAGAAGCGAAGAAGAUUGGCAAUAGAAUAACAAUUCUCGGCCAAUCGCUCCGGGUUGAGAAAUACCGCCAAAUCCCACCAACAGCUCAGUGCAGUAAGUGCCAAGGGUUUGGACACAACUUUAGCAGGUGUAAAAACCUAGCUAGCUGCCAGUUCUGUGCUGAAAACCACCUAACUACUCAGCACGUAUGUAGUAUUUGCAAAAUAAAGGGAAAAGCCUGUAACCACACGCUCCCAAAAUGCAAAAACUGCAAACAAACCCAUUUUGCUAAUAGUAAAGACUGGGAAGUGUUUCUAUCUAUUAAAUCGUAA